UUUCGAUUUGUGUUGCUGUGAAAAUGGCGUCAGCAGCAGCACGUAGACGUAAACAUAGUCUAGAUCGUGUUCCUCCUUACAUGAGUGAUCUGAGGAUUGUGCUGAUAGGAAAGAAUGGAUCAGAAAACAGCCGAGUGGGAAACACUUUACUGGGAUCAGAAGUGUUUCACAGAGAAGCUGGGUCUUAUUCACAGCAGCACAGUGUGAGAAUCAGUGGAGCUGUGGAGGAGAGACACAUCACAGUUAUAAACACUCCUCUCCUGCCUCAGAAGAAUCUCUCAUACCAUCAGACAACACAGAGAGUGAGAGAGUGUGUGUCUCUGUCUGCUCCAGGACCUCAUGUGUUCAUACUCGUACUGCAGUAUAAUGACUUCAAUGAGAACAACAGACACAGAGUGAAAUAUCUGCUGAACCUCUUCAGUAAACAAGCCAUGAAACACACUAUAGUGCUGACUACUGAUGAAGAGCCACGCGGAUUCAUGUCUUAUAUUACCACAAAUAAUGCUAUUCAUGAUCUAAUGAAGGAGUGUGGAGGAGGACAUCUACAGUUUGAUACAGUAAACACAAGAUGGCGCUCUCAGCUGAUCAGAAGAACAGAAGAGAUACUCAAGAAAGAACAAGAAGAAUUUCUCCUCUGUAACAUGUAUGAAGAUGGAGGUGAUGGAGCAUCAGUGGAUGGAGAUCUGAGCAGAUCUGAAGCUUCAGACAGAGGAGAUGAGAAAGAGAAGAAGGAUAUCAAAGAGAGCACUGAAACAGCAAGUGAUGGAGGAGUGACGACUGGAAAAACAAAGCUGAACAUUGUGCUGUGUGGAAAUAAUUCAACACUCAAAAGCUCAGUGUCUAAAAUACUUAGAGGGACAAUAAAUAAACCAAAUAAACUUUUCCAUCAGAAAGAGAUGAGCAAUGUGUGUGUGAAGAGAGAGGGGAAGAUUCAUGGACGGCAGAUCAGUGUAAUAGAGCUUCCAGUUCUCACUCGUCUCUCAGAGGAGGAAGUGAUGCGGGAGACUCUCAGCUGUGUGUCUCUCUGUGAUCCUGGAGUUCAUCAUUUCAUCCUCGUUACUCCUGUCACUCCACUUACUGAUGAAGACAGAGCAGAAAUGGAGAAGAUCAAAAAUAUAUUUUACUCACAAGAGCACUUCAUGGUGCUUUUCAUUACUGAAUUCACUGUGGAGAAAAGUGUGGCUGAUUCUGUAGCGUCCACAGAAUGUCAGAGUGUUGUGAGUCUCUAUGGGAGCUGGCACAGUGUGAUGGGGUUAAAGGACCAGAGAAACCCAGAACAGAUCUUAAAGUUUCUAGAUGCUUUAGACCGCAUAAAGACUGAACCCUAUUCUCUUCAGAUGUAUAUGAGAGCUCCAGAGAGGAGAGUCAGACAUGAAUUAGAGGAGAAACUGAGAGUGAGAGACAAUGAGAUCGAAGAGUUACAGAAGAAGAUCAAGACACUGGAUCCAGAGGGUGUGAAGCUGAAUCUGCUUGUGUGUGGGAGUAAUAGAGAAUUAAAAUCCUUCAUAUCAAACCUGAUCCUGAAGCAGAGCGAGAGAAGAUCAGAGCUGAUCUCAGAGUGUGUGAGGAGAGACGUGGAGCUUGAUGGACGUCUGAUCAGUCUGGUGGAGCUUCCAGCUCUGUUCAACACUCAGCUCUCAGAGGAGGAAGUGAUGCGUCAGACUCACCGCUGUGUGUCUCUCUGUCAUCCUGGAGUUCAUGUGUUCAUCCUCAUCAUUCCUGAUGCUCCACUUAAUAAUGAAGACAGAGCAGAAAUAGAGGAGAUCCAGAAGAUGUUCAGCUCAAGAGUCAACAAACACAUCAUGAUCCUCAUAAAGCAGAACUCAGAGCAUCAGACAGAAGAACUCAAUGAAGAAACACAGUCUGUCAUUGAGAGAUUUGGAGCACGACAUCAUUUCAUCGGCCUGAACACACAAGUGUCUGAGUUGAUGGAGAAACUGGAGCAGAUGGUUGAGGAAAAUAGUGGUGUUCGUUUCUCCACAGAGACAUUGAUGGAGGCACAGAUGGAGAAACUGCAGAAAUUAGAAGAAAUGAAGAAGAGAGUCCAUUCAUUAGAGACGUGGUUUCAGUCACAAGAUUCAAGAGAAAGAGAAGAUGAUCUGAGGAUUGUGCUGAUUGGAAAAACUGGAGUUGGGAAAAGUUCAACUGGAAACACAAUUUUAGGAAGAAACACAUUUAUUUCAGACAUUUCUCAAACAUCUGUUACUAAAGAGUGUCAGAAAAAGAAGGCUGAAAUCAACGGCAGACACAUCACUGUGAUUGACACUCCAGGACUGUUUGAUACUGAUCUGACUAAUGAUGAGAUCCAGAGAGAAAUCAGCAACUGCAUCUCCAUGAUCCUGCCUGGACCACAUGUGUUUCUCUUACUGAUUCCACUUGGACGAUUUACUCAAGAAGAAGCAAAAUCAGUGAAAAUCAUUCAAGAGAUGUUUGGUGAAAACUCAUUAAUGUACACCAUAGUAAUCUUCACCAGAGGAGACUUUCUGCUGAACAAAACUAUUGAUCAGUUUUUGGGAGAACCUGGAUCUAGCCUUAAAAAUCUGAUUGAAGCGUGUGGAAACAGAUUCCAUGUGUUCAAUAAUAAAGAGACUAGAGACAGAACACAGGUGACUGAUCUACUGAAGAAGAUUGACAACAUGGUGAAAGAAAAUGGAGGAAGUUACUACUCAUGUAAGAUGUUCAGAGAGAUGGAGAGAGAAAAUCAAGAAAAACAGAUGAAGAUCCUGAUGGAGAAAGUGGAGCAAGUGAGCAGAGAAAAAGAAGAACUGAUGAUGAAACAUGAAGAAGAGAAAAAGAGGAUGAGGAUGAAGAUGGAGGAAGGACAACAUAAUUAUGAGAAAGAGAGAAAGAGAAGAGAAGAAGGAUUUAGAGAGAGAGAAGAACAAUAUAAAAGAGACAUUAAAGACAUUGAGGAACAAAAGGGAAAUAUACGAGAGGAGCUGAAAAGAGAACGAGAGGAGAUGAAGAAAGAACGAGAGGAGAUGAAGAGAGAAAGAGAGGAAUGGAAGAAACAGAAACAAGAAGCACAACAAAGAGAGGAAGAGGAGGAGAAUUGGAGAAAGAGAGAACAGGCAAUGUGGGAUGAAUAUAAUCAGAAUCUCAAACAAGAGAUAGAGAAAAUGAACAUGAAGAUAGAAAAAAUGAACAUGAAGAUGGAGGAAGAAAGAGAGAAUCAUGAUAAAGAAAGAAAAAGAAGAGGAAUUUAAGUGGAGAACAAUAUCAAAUAGACAUUAAAGAAUGAAAAAGAUUUUAUAUAACACUUUGUAAAAUUUACAAAAAAAUAAUGGUUCCAGAAUAAAUGUCUCAUUUUGGAACAAACUUUAAGUAUGUAUAUUGUUAUUUAAGAUAUGUUUUAAGAUGAAUUUUAAGCUAAUUGCUAUAUAUUUUAGUAAACUGCGUUAUAGAUGCACUAGAUAAGAACAGCCAAACAAUGUUCCACAAAACACAUUCAGGGCCCUAUUUUAACGAUCUGAAACGCAAGUGUCAAAGCGCGAAGCGCAAGUAACUUUGUGGGCGGGUCUC